AUGGAAAGCCUCCUACAUUUUCCAAUUCCAAUCAGAGCCAGCAACCGCCACUACUCUCUUCUUCUGAGUCAUCACCCCACCACAACUCGACUCAACUCGCCCUCCUUCCCAAAACCCAUCAUCCGCGCUCCCCUUUUUCGCUUCAAACCCCUUCCUCCUCUCCGCAAUUCCACCACUCUCCGAUGCACCGCCGACGCAUGCGAUCACGAUCACCGCCACCACGACCAUCACCACCAUCACCACCACCACCAUCAUCAUCAUGAUGGCUCUGAUGAGCUCACCGGACCUCAGAAACAGUUCGUCCGAUUCGCCAAGGCAGUACGUUGGACCGACCUCGCCGAUUUCCUCAGGGAGCACUUGCAGUUGUGCAUCUGCUCCACCGCUCUCUUUCUCGCAGCCGCUGCCUGCCCUUAUUUGAUGCCCAAGCUCGCCGUGAAGCCUAUGCAGAACGCUUUCAUACUCAUCGCUUUUCCUCUAGUAGGGGUCUCUGCUGCACUUGACGCGCUGACAGAUAUUAGUGGCGGGAAGGUGAACAUUCAUGUAUUAAUGGCUUUAGCGGCCUUUGCUUCCGUGUUCAUGGGGAAUGCACUGGAAGGAGGGUUACUGUUGGCAAUGUUCAAUCUUGCUCAUAUCGCUGAGGAGUAUUUCACCAGUCGUUCCAUGAUCGAUGUGAAAGAGUUGAAAGAAAAUUAUCCAGAUUUCGCCCUUGUGCUUGACAUCAAUGAUGAAGAACUUCCCAAUACAUCUAAUUUGGCGUACAAGCAGGUUCCUGUGCACGACCUACAAGUGGGGUCGUUUAUCUUGGUCGGAGCUGGCGAGUCUGUGCCUGUAGAUUGUGAAGUUUUCCAAGGUAAUGCCACCAUUACCAUUGAGCACUUGACAGGAGAAGUUAAACCAUUGGAGACAGCAGUUGGAGACAGGGUACCUGGUGGUGCAAGGAACUUGGAUGGCAGGAUAAUAGUGAAGGCAACAAAAACUUGGAAAGAGUCAACCCUGAGCAGGAUUGUGCAAUUGACUGAAGAAGCACAACUGAAGAAACCAAAGCUUCAGAGGUGGCUGGAUCAGUUUGGCGAGCAAUACAGCAAGGUGGUUGUAGUUUUGUCAGCUGCUAUUGCUCUUCUUGGUCCAUUCCUAUUCAAGUGGCCAUUUAUUGGUACAUCAGCUUGUAGAGGGUCAGUUUAUAGAGCAUUGGGCCUCAUGGUGGCAGCAUCACCAUGUGCUUUGGCUGUAGCUCCAUUGGCAUAUGCUACUGCAAUUAGCUCCUGCGCAAAGAAGGGGAUAUUGCUGAAAGGUGGCCAUGUGCUAGAUGCUCUAGCUUCUUGUCACACAAUUGCAUUUGAUAAAACUGGGACCUUGACAACUGGGGGGCUAGCGUUCAAAGCGAUUGAACCAAUUUACGGGCACCGGAUGAGAACCAAUAUAUCAGAUUUUUCUUCCUGUUGUGUCCCCAGCUGUGAAAAUGAGGCCCUUGCUGUUGCUGCUGCAAUGGAGAAGGGCACCACUCACCCUAUUGGAAGAGCUGUGGUAGACCAUAGUGAAGGGAAAGACCUUCCUUCUGUUUCUGUUGAGAGUUUCGAGUACUUUCCAGGCAGAGGUCUAAUUGCUACUCUCAAUGGCAUAGAGUUAGGAACUGGAGGGGAUAAACUGUUGAAAGCAUCUCUUGGUUCAGUAGAUUUCAUCACCUCACUUUGUAGAUCGGAGGAUGCAUCAAAAAAGAUCAAGGAAGCUGUGAAUGCGUCUUCUUAUGGAACUGAAUUUGUUCGUGCUGCUCUUUCAGUCAACGAAAAGGUAACGCUGAUUCACCUUGAGGACAGGCCUCGACCUGGGGUCUUGGAUGUCAUAAAAGAGUUGCGAGAUGAAGCCAAGCUCCGUGUAAUGAUGUUGACUGGUGACCAUGAGUCAAGUGCACGGAGAGUUGCAAAUGCUGUAGGUAUCAAUGAAGUUUAUUCUACCCUGAAGCCUGAGGAUAAGCUGAGUCAUGUUAAGGAUGUCUCAAGGGAUAUGGGUGGAGGUCUGAUAAUGGUGGGUGAAGGUAUUAAUGAUGCUCCAGCACUUGCAGCAGCUACUGUGGGGAUAGUCCUUGCCCAACGUGCUAGUGCAACUGCCACAGCUGUUGCAGAUGUAUUGUUGGUGCGGGACAAUAUAUCGGUUGUACCAUUCUGUAUCGCUAAGUCUCGCCAAACAACUUCCCUGGUGAAGCAGAGUGUAGGGCUUGCUUUAUCUUGUAUAGUUUUGGCCUCUCUUCCAUCUGUUUUAGGAUUUCUUCCCCUCUGGUUAACGGUUCUGUUACAUGAAGGCGGUACCCUUGUUGUUUGCCUCAAUUCUAUCCGUGCUCUAAACCACCCAACAUGGUCCUGGAGACAGGAUUUGUGGCAUUUGGUUUGCGAACUGAAAUCUAGACUCGUAUUACCGAAGAAACUCAAUACCAGCUCAAACACUGUCCAAGCUGCAGUGGAGCAACUUCACCACUCUCACCCCUUAUAA